GUUUCCUUUCCUUAAACGUUUCAAAAGUUUUCAUGGGCAGAGAGAAAGAUGAUGGCCCGCAGAAAAUGUCACCUGCUGGUGACUUUUGUCUUUUUUCAAAUUUGUUUAUGUAAUGUAGUGAAAACUCAAGAUGAUGAUGAAGCCAUUACAAAAUAUAAGUUAACAUUUUUGGACGAGAUAGAAUCCAAUCUGAAACAAGGAGAGCUAAAAUGCGCGGCACUAGGAAUGCAGUUAUUAUCAAUUAAGUCGAAGGAAAAGAACGAUGCUAUUUUCAAGCACGUGUCGAAAACAGAUAAUACAAGCUGUUAUUUUACUGGAGCUAGAAGGCCAGCGGUAAAUAAAGCAUUUGAGUGGCCCGACAAAACUAAUCUAGGUUUUAGGAAUUUUAUCAAGGAUUUGCCAAACAACGAUGGUAAACCAAUAUACGCUAUGCCUAUGAUCGUAGUUGUAAAGAGCAAUGGAGAAGAUUUGAUUUGGAAGGAUGUACCUUAUAACUCCAAAUGCAAACCUAUAUGUGAGAGGAUGUCGGAUACGGAAAUGGAUCCUGGUCCGCAACCACCACCAAAUCCUGAUAAUAUAACAUUUACUGAAAGUUUGGCAAAAGGCAAAAAAUCAAUAGAAUCAAUAUGUAGAAGUUCAAAUAUUAUAGAAACUAGAGGAUCACCCUUGUAUAUUAAAAAUGAAAAACAAAUGAAUGAAUUACAUGAGAUAUUGAAAUUCAAUGAUGAUCGAAUGCGUUAUUAUCUUCCAAUCACGAAAAUAGAUAAAAAAUCUCCACACAUGUGGGACGAUGGAACACCAGUAACUUGGUUCCCAAAUCCGAUCAACAAAAAAAAUGGGAAUUUGUGUGUAUGGGUAAAAUAUAAACCAGCAAAAAACGCUACUGAGUGGGAAGAUGCUAACUGCUGGCAAUUCAAACCUGUAAUGUGUGUUCCGAAAGGUACAUCACUUUCCAAAGUGGAAACUACAACCGAAGCUGAGAUUUCUACAAAUGCCUCUACAGAACCUUCAACAUCAGUGGACCAAAAUUCAUCCCCGCCUGUUCCAAAUCCUUCUGAUGGAGAUACUAGUGGAUCAGGAAGUGUGUCAUCAGGCGGUUCCGGUUCAUCAGGGGAAGCUAAAACAGAGAAUGGACCACCAGAAAGUACUGCUGGUGGAGAUGAUAGCACAUCAGGAAGCGUAUCAGAAAGUGGUUCUGGUUCAUCAGAUGGAAGCGUAUCAGCCGGUGCUUCUGGUUUAUCAGAAGGAGAUCUAACACCGGAUGUACCGACAGAAACUCCUCCCAGUGGAGAUGCUGGUAUAUCAGGAAGCGUAUCUGCAGGUGAUUCUGGUUCAUCAGAUGGAAGUGUAUCAGCAAGUGCGUCUGGUUUAUCAGGGGGAGCUAUAACGCCGAAUGUGCCAACAGAAACUCCUUCUGGUGGAGACGCUGUUAUAUCAGGAAGCGUAUCAGCAGGUGCUUCUGGUUCAUCAGAAGGAGAUCUGACACCGGAUGUACCAACAGAAACUCCUCCUAGUGGAGAUACUGGUAUAUCAGGAAGCGCAUCUGAAGGUGGUUCUGGUUCAUCAGAUGGAAGCGUAUCAGCAGGUGCUUCUGGUUCAUUAGAGGGAGCUAUAACACCUAAUGUGCCACCAGAAACUCCUCCUGGUGGAGAUACUGGUAUAUCAGGCAGCGUAUCAGCAGGUGGUUCAGGUUCAUCAGACGGAGCUGUAGCAGCCAAUGUACCACCAGAAGCUCCUCCUGCUGGAGAUGCUGGUAUAACAGGAAGCAUAUCAGCAGGUGCUUCUGGUUCAUCAGAAGGAGAACUAACACCGAAUGUACCAACAGAAACUCCUCCUAGUGGAGAUGCUGGUAUUUCAGGAAGCGUAUCAUCAGAUGGUUUAGGUUCAUCACAUGGAAGCGUAUCAGCAGGUGGUUUAGGUUCAUCAGACGGAGGUAUAACACCCAGUGUACCACCAGGAGCGCCACAAGGUGGUUCAGGUUCAUCAGAAGGAAGCAUAUCAGCGGGUGGGUCUGGAUCAUCAGAAGGAGCUAUAACACCGAAUAUGCCACCGGAAACUCCUCCUGGUGGAGAUGCUGGUAUAUCAGGUAGCGUAUCAGCAGGUGGAUCAGGUAUAUCAGAGGGAGCUGUAACACCCAAUGUACCACCAGAAGCUCCUCCUAGUGGAGAUGCUGGUAUAUCAGGAAGCAUAUCAGCAGAUGGUUCAGGUUCAUCAGAUGGAAGCAUAUCAGUGAGUGGUCCUGGUUCUUCAGAGGGAGCUGUAACACCGAAUGUGCCACCAGAAACUCCUCCUGGUGGAGACGCCGGUAUAUCAGGUGGCGUAUCAGCAGGUGGUUCAGGUUCAUUAGAAGGAGCUAUAACACCCAAUGAGCCAACAGAAGCUCCUCCUGGUGGAGAUGCUGGUAUAUCAGGAAGCGUAUCAAAAGGUGGUUCAGGUUCAUCAGAUGGAAGCAUAUCAGCGAGUGGUUCUGGUUUUUCAGAGGGAGCUAUAACACCGAAUGUGCCACCAGAAACUCCUCCUGGUCGAGACGCUGGUAUAUCAGGUGGCGUAUCAGCAGGUGGUUCAGGUUCAUUAGAAGGAGCUAUAACACCCAAUGAGCCAACAGAAGCUCCUUCUGGUGGAGAUGCUGGUAUAUCAGGAAGCAUAUCCAUAGGUGGUUCAAGUUCAUCAGAUGGAAGCAUAUCAUCGGCUGGUUCUGGUUCAUCAGAGGGAGCUAUAACACCCAAUGUGUCACCAAAGUCUCCUCCGAGUGGAGGUGGUAGUAUAUCAGGAAGCGUAUCAGCUGGUGGUUCUCACUCAACUAAGGGAAAACUAACUAGUUCUGGGUCUUAUAAAACAGCCGGUGUAGAUCCGAGAGGUAACUCAAAGCGAUGCAAAUGCAAAAAUAAGAAUAACAAAAACACAUAAUCUUAUAGAAUUAAAACUAUUAUAUUAUCUUUAUCCUUCAAAAGUAAAACUGAUCUGAUUUGA